AUCCAAAUAAAUUUCAUUUCGACGAUAUAUAAAGUUAAUAUAAGGGCAUGUUGUAGCCAACGUAAACGACGAAAGGGCUAUUCCGUAAUUUCACCUCCUAUUAAACAAUAACAGCCAGGUGCUCAGCACCACAUCUAUCACACGUGGCACACUCAACAGUACCACGUCACUCCACGCGCUACACUCGUGCUCUAGCUUAUAUAGGAUAGAGUUGAAUAGCUGUAAUUGACGUUUUUGUCUCACUACAUCUCUCAUUCUCACCGAGUUAACUCACUGAGUCUCUGAUUCUCUCUCUUCGAGUUCCAAAAAAAUGGUUCAUAGAAUUAUGGAUUCCGUCGAAGUAUUCUCUUCACCGGAAAAAUCAUGCCGGAAAAAGGUCAAAGUCAAGGCAGAAUUCGAAGAUUCUGCUGAAAAUUCACAUGGGUUUUUCUCCAAACGACCCAAAUUCGAUCCAUUGAAUAAGAAAAAGAAUGGUGGGAUAAUGGAGUAUAAUCCAUUGGAAGAGCCAAGUCGAUUGGGAUUAAAGCUAAAAAAGAGUCCAUCAUUUUUGGAUUUGAUUCAUAUGAAAUUGUCUCAGGAAAAGAGUGCUUUCUUAGCAAAAACACUUGCUAGAAAAGAAAAGGGGGCUUCUUCUGCUGCUGAUAAUAAGCUUAAGGCUUCUAAUUUUCCUGCUACUUUACUUAAAAUUGGCUCUUGGGAGUAUAAGUCGAGGUACGAAGGCGAUUUAGUGGCAAAGUGUUAUUUUGCUAAGCAUAAGCUUGUAUGGGAAGUGCUUGAUGGUGGACUUAAGAAUAAGAUUGAAAUUCAGUGGUCUGACAUAAUGGCUAUUAAGGCAAACUACCCUGAUAAUGAACCUGGAACACUAGAUGUUGUGCUUUCGCGGCAACCUCUUUUCUUUAGAGAAAUUAAUCCACAACCAAGGAAGCACACGUUGUGGCAGGCGACAACAGAUUUUACUACCGGGCAGGCUUCACUCCAUCGGCAACAUUUCCUAAAGUUUCCCCAGGGUACUUUAGGAAAGCAUUUUCAAAAACUUAUACAGUGUGAUCCUCGUCUCUGCUUCCUAAGUCAACAGCCGCAGAUAGAAUUAGAUACUCCAUAUUUUCAACCAAGGGCUUCCAUUUUUGGUGAUCACAGUAACCCUGCACAUGGUUUUGAAUUGAAGACUGAAGGGACAUUUAGUUAUUCGGGCAUCAGAGAUGGAGUUUCAGUUUCUGGGUUAUCCUCUUCAGAUAUUGAGAACAAGAACUAUAUUGGCUCACCUACACAAAACUCUCACAAAAAUUCUCAGCUCGUUCCAGAUAUGCUUGUGAUGGAAGGAGAUAUCAGCAGCAAGUAUAACGAUGCUGAUAGACUCAAACUUCUGAACCAGAUCAAACUUCCUGGUCUUCAUCCAUCCAUGUCAGUAGGUGAUCUUGUAAACCAUAUUGGUGACUGUAUCUCAGAGCAGAUGAGAUCUGACAAUCCUAGUCUUUCCAUCAAUGAACCUCAAAAGUGGGAAAUUCUUGACGAGAUCACUCAAUAUCUACUAAAUGACUCUCAAACUUUAACAAAUUCCGAUGAAAAGCGUAUCAUGUCAAAAGUGAACUCCCUUUGCUGCCUUCUGCAAAUGGAUGAUGCAGGAGUUCAUAAUGCACACAUCAGCUUAGAUAAUGUACUAGAUCUGGCUGUGGGAAACACCCAAGCUGCCAAACAACUGUGUGAAAAUCAAACUGCAAAGACUGUUCUUGCAGAAGGAAGUAAGACUGGUUUAGGCAAUGCUUUUCAACAGGGUACUAGCUCGUCAAGGAAGGAUUCGGUUGCCGAACAAUUGUGUGAAAAUCGAACUGCAAAGACUGUUCUUGCAGCGGGAAGUGAGACUGGACUAGGCAAUGAUUUCCAACAGGGACCAAGCAUGUCAAGGAAGGAUUCGGUUGGCGAGCUUCUUCUACAUCUUCCAAGGAUAGCAUCUCUACCUCAGUUCUUGUUCCCAGAAGAUUCAGGAAUCCAAGGCAGAUAGCAUACUUGCUGCUCUUCCUUAAGAUGAUAAUAAACUAGAAUAGUGUAAAUCUACUGUAUAUAUUAGGUUUCAGUAUCUGAAUUUGGCAUCUGCAGGUUUGAUACAAUUUCUGUUUAUGAAUAAUCCAAUCAAUGUCUGUCACCCUUGAGAAAAACUUUGUCCUCCAGAUCCUAUAUUAAUGCACAUAUUUUACCAUUUAUUAUAUUA